AUGAUAAUCAGAAUAUGUUUUAUAUAUGCUUGGUCGAACCAAAAUGCGAGUGACCCGUCGUCGUUUAAUGCCAAGGCAAGAAAGUUGCUUAGAGAAUUGGCGAAGCAAGCUUCUGAGAGGCCGAAGAUGUACAAGAGUGGGAGGCUGAGGAUCGGAGAAGGGAGGACAAUCUAUGGAUUGGCUCAGUGCAGCAGAGACCUUUCUGGAAGUGACUGUAAGCAGUGUCUUGAUGAUGAAGUGAGGCGACAGCCAGAUUGCUGUGAUGGGAAACAAGGAGGAAGGGUUGUGAGUGGUAGUUGCAACAUCAGAUAUGAUGUUUCCCAGUUUUUCAAUGCUUAA